UUGGCGAAAAAAAAGGAGCUUAAUUCGAACAUCAUAAUCCUGGGAUCCAAAGAUUGCAGACUGCUGAUUGAAGCACUUGGAGACUUGGUUCGAUGAACCAAUUAGAUCAAACAACUUUAAGACACACACACACACACUUACCUUUACUGGGUGCAACAAUACAACAGAAACAACAACAAAAGUAACAGCCUGAAGAAAACAAAGAAGGGGAAGAACAACAAAAAAGAAUUCUUUACGAGCCUCGGCUCUCCGAUGCACGGUCAUCAAGUCAGCUCGUUCGACAUUCAAGAGGCAUCGAUGAUAAUAUUCAUUCAUUUGAUCAAACCGCCGACGAUGUAGAUGGAGAUGGAGAUGCAGACGACGACUUUCAUUAUGCCCACCUCCCUGCAGUUUCCUCUGGCAUAAACCCGCCCUGCCAUAACCCCCAUACAGACCCCACUACCAACUCCUUCUACUGGGCGGCCUCCCCAAAACUAAAUUCAAGCACGGCAGGGAAAAAUGCUCCUCCUCGUACGAAAAAAAAAAAAAAUACAUAUUGCCAAAGUAGCAGCAACAGCAAAAGCAACUACGGCAACAUCAUCAGCCAACAACAGAAACAUAAAGAAUACCAAUAGCACCAUUAUGCAUCAUUACACUGAAAGAAAGAUGGUGGUUUAAGGAGAUGAACA